AACCCCGUUUUUUGCUCAGCCUAUCGGUAAUAAUAGUGCGUAAGUCAACUCUGAGCUUUUAACUAUCGAGAAACUUACUCAUCCAGGUUUUCGGAACGUAGAUCGUCCCGAGACUGACGUACGGUGCUCCAUGCACGACACGUCAGCUUUUGUGACAUUCAAGGCCGCUGAAAGCGUCAUGUGCGAGUAAAAGUCCGGAUGAAGCGGACUCCCUCAAGUAAUUCAGCAUCCUGUCAUUCAACCGAUCCAGACAUGUUCGGACCUUGGUUUAGCACAUCGUGUAGUCUCUUUUUAUUGUUCGUUCUGUUCGUCGGGCAGAAAAAUUCAGCGUGGGCAGAGAAGGGGAACCUUCAUAGGUGCAGAUACUCUUGCUACGCUCGUGAUGGAUUCUUCAGGGAUGACAAUUUGGUGAAGCCGGUCUCCGUCGGCAAGCUCAGGCUCGCUGGCUAUUGGUGCUCCUGUCCCAGUUCAAAGGCUUUUAAUGAUUAUAUGAUGAAUAAUGGAAUGAAGAGGCCUGCCCUCCUGAGGCUCUGGAAGCUCCUUCGGUUCGGCUACGGACGCUUCAGAUUUGGAGACCUCAGGACUUUUACCUUCUACUCGGGCGAGGACGUUUUGGCAUACAUCAAAAAAAGGCGGGAAAACUAUGGCAUUAAGCACGGAAUAGAUCAACGAAAAUGGGAGGAGAUGACAGCAGAAGAUGAAAUCACUAAGUUAAGGGUUGAUGGAAAGUCCGUAGAUUUGCAAGUAGAUGAUCUUCCGAGUGGUGUCAGAAAAUAUAUACCAAGUCCAAGUUUAUCGAGAACAAGCCGAAGCAAGAGCAGUUAGUAGGUGUCAAACACUUGACCACGCAAGUCAACCCUCGAUAGGCACUCAGAACGCUCAGUGAUGUGCUUUGUUUUGGUUGAAAAUAAAUGAAUAAUAUGAAGUUGAAGCGCGGUGGUGUUAUAUUAUCAGUUUCAUGAGAUGUCCAAAAAGUUACGAAAAUCGGUCAAAUGGAUCACUGGAUGACCAAAUAAUGAUGAAUUCGAGAUUUAGACAGUUUUACUAAUCUUAUUCAGAAUCCAAAAACGUUGUUGCUCUCAUAUCAGUGGGAUUUGGAAAAAAUAAAUACCCAGUUCGCCAUGUA